GGCUACCCCUGAAUCAAGCCCUGCCAGGACAGAGCAGGGCACAGAGCGGGUGGAUGGACGCUGAGAGCAGAAGCAGCCGAGAUGUGGACAGAGACACGGAGAGUCACGGAGAGACCCGAAGAGACAAAGACCCACCGGGCAGCAACCUGGCAGUCCGCAGAGCAAGGAGACAGCAGCGCGGCCUGGAGGAGGUGUCCCCCCAAGAGCAGAGUCGGCGCUGGUCUCCCCUGGAACGGACGCUGGGGACCCUGGUGUUCCUUGGCCUGCUGGUGGCCUUCUCCGUCCUGAUGGUCUACAACCUGCUCGGCUGCAGCCCCCGUCCCUGCCAGAGUCCAGAGUGCACAGCCCUCCUCGCCCACUACAGAACGGCUAGCAAUGCCAGCGUCUCGCCCUGUGCGGAUUUCUACAGCUUCGCCUGCGGGCGCAGGGGGGCAGGGGACCCCCCCGGGGUCAAAGGGGACCCCUUCCACACCCUGGAAGAGGAGAACCACCACCGGCUCCAGAGGCUUCUGGAGGCCGCCGGCCCCCCCAGCCCGGGAUCCGCGGCGGAGAAGGCCUUGAGCUACUACCGCUCCUGCAUGGACACGGAGGGCAUCGAGGCACAGGGCACCAGCCCGCUCUCACAGGUCAUCCAGCAGCUGGGGGGCUGGCACAUCGCGGGCCACUACAGUCCCCCCGACUUCAACCAGACCCUGCAGCUCCUGAUGAGCGAAUUUGACUCCUUUCCAUUCUUCCGAGCCUACCUGGGGCCCGGCCCGGAGCCCCCACAUGCGCCUGUCAUCCAGAUCGACCAGCCGGAGUUUACGAUGCCCUCUCAGCACGGCCAGGGCAACUACCCACAGAUGCUGAGGGCCUACCUGGCCUACCUGACGAGUCUGGGGACGCUGCUGGGGGGAACCCCCGACAGGGCACACAGCCAAGCCUCCAUGUCUCUGUCCAUCUCGUCGCAGCUGCAGAAGGAGCUGAGGCCCCUGGAGGAGCGGCGGGCGAGGGGCCGGCUCUUCCAGCCCAUCACCCUGGCCCAGCUGCAGAAAGAGGUCCCCAUCAUCGACUGGUUGUCCUGCCUGCGGGCUACCUUCUCCCCGAUGUCUCUGGAGCCCUCACAGCCUUUGAUGGUGCACGACCUGGACUACCUGAAGGGCGCGGCUAAGGUCAUCCAACAGCUGCAGGAGCAGGAGGAAGACGCCCUGCAGAGUCACAUGCUGCUGAGGCUGGUGGGGACGCUGACGCCGGCGCUGGACAGCCGCUUCCAGGCAGCCCACCGGGAGCUCGGGCGGCGGCUGCGGGAGCUGGACGGACACGCACCCCGGCCGCCAGCCCCGCGCUGGAAGCGCUGCGUGCAGCAGGCGGGGACCUUCUUCCAGCCCGUCCUGGGAGCCCUGUUCGUGCGGGACGCCUUCGCCACCCACGGAAAGCAGCCCGCCGCCGGGCUUUUCUCCGAGGUCCGCGAUGCCCUGCUGGACCGUCUGCAGCGCCUCCGGUGGAUGGAUGAGAAGACCCGGGACGAAGCCCGGAGCAGGGUGGCCAGUUUGCGGGUGGAGAUGGGGGGCCCUGAGGAGAUGCUGAAGCCGGAAUCGGUGGACCGGGACUACCAGGAUGUGCAGCUGGGCCCCAGCUUUCUGCAGACCAUGCUGAGCUGCAUGCGCUCCCUCCGGGCCAGGAAUAUGCGCAGAGUCCUGCAGGGCUCCCGGUCACACCGAUGGCAGGUCCCGCCCUGGGCCGUGAGCGCCUAUUACUCCGUGUCGGACCACGUGAUGAUCUUUCCCGCCGGCCUGCUCCAGCCCCCCUUUUUCCACCCCGGAUACCCCAGGGCCGUCAAUUUUGGGGCCGCCGGAAGUGUGAUGGCGCAUGAGCUUCUGCACAUCUUCUACUACUUCUUGCUGCCCGGGGGCUGCCCAAGUUGCAACGGGUCAUUUGUGCAAGAGGCCUUGUGGUGCCUGCGGCGUCAGUAUGAGGGUCCCCGGGCGACCCCCGACAACAGCUCACGGACCCUGCUGGAGGACAGCGCCGAUAUCGGGGCCCUGACCAUCGCCCUGCAGGCCUACAGGAAGCAUCUGCAGCGGCAUCGAGGCGAGAGCCCCCUCCCCGACCUCGGACUCAGCCCCAGCCAACUCUUCUUUCUCAGCUUUGCCCACGUGAUGUGUGGGCGUCCCAAGCCAGAAGACCCCCAGGAACCCCACAGCCCGCCCGCCCUGCGUGUCCGGGGGGCCCUCAGCAAUGCCCCUGCCUUCGCUCGCCAUUUCAACUGCCCUCCGGGUGCCCCGUUAAACCCCCUUCAGCGCUGUAACCUGUGGUGAGGCCUCGAGAGCCCCCUCGCCCCUUCCCACACACCCCGGGACCACCGCUCCUCACCUCCGCCCCCGCCCUCUCUAUCUGGAAAUAAAGACCCACGAGGCCUGGGCCUAGACCGCCCGUCACCCCCGA